UGCAAGAAAACAUACAAAAAUUGCGAAAAAAAGACAAUAUUCAUCAAGUCAUUUUUAACACGUAAAACGUAGAUGUUGAUGUUGUUUUGUCACUUAUAGUAAAUUGCGUGUAAUAGUUAUUAUAAUCAAGUUUUGAAUCCUGUGCUGUGUUUAAAUAUAAAAAACAAGAAACAACUUCGGUGUGCAGAAACGAUGGCUUCAUUUUUUAAUGUGGGCACAAACCCAUUUUCAACGCCUGUUGGACAACGUAUCGAGCAAGCCACGGAUGCUUCUUUAACUUCUGAAAAUUGGGCUGUUAAUAUGGAAAUAUGCGAUAUGAUUAAUGAAUCAUCGGAUACAGCUCGAGAUGCGAUGAAGGCGAUACGCAAGCGUUUGCAGCAAAACGCUGGUAAAAAUAAUCAAGUCAUAAUGUAUACGUUGACUGUACUGGAGACAUGCGUAAAGAAUUGUGGUAAAGCCUUUCACGUGCUAGUGGCGCACAAGGAUUUCAUACAGGAGUUGAUAAAGUUAAUUGGACCGAAAAAUGAUCCGCCGGUUAUAGUGCAAGAGAAAGUGCUCAGUUUAAUACAAAUUUGGUCCGAUGCAUUUAAAAAUCAGCCUGAUUUAAUCGGUGUUACACAAAUGUACAACGAAUUAAAAAAUAAAGGCAUCGAAUUUCCUCAAACUGAUAUGGAGAAUAUGGCCCCUAUUUAUACACCACAACGGAGUGUACCCGAGCCUCCCGCCGCCAAUCCGGCCUUAAAUCAGCCAGCUGUUUCACCACAACAUGGAAUGGUACUCACUUCAGGAGUGACAACUGGUGCAGCGCCCUCGCAUCCCAGCCAAUUAACAGCCGAACAAUUGGCCAAGCUGCAGGCAGAAUUGGAUAUUGUCGUUACAGUUAACAUGUCAAUUUUGGGUGAAAUGUUAACUGAGCUGAAACCCGGCCAGGAAACACCUGAAGAUUAUCAACUAUUAACCGAUUUAGUCGCCACUUGCAAAGAAAUGCAAGCCCGCAUCGUCGACUUAAUUGGCCGUAUUACCGAUGAUGAACUGACCGCUGAACUACUACGUAUUAAUGAUGAACUUAAUAAUUUAUUUUUGCGUCAUCAACGUUAUGAAAAGAAUCGAGCUAGCAAUACGAACGUCACUUCUCCAUCGGCUGUAUUGGGAGCAGCCAUGGGCGUACCAAGUGUUGCUGCAGCCUUAGACACGAACGCCGUGGCUACCGGUUCCACAGAACCUCCACGACUUUUAGAUUUUCCCGACAGCAAUACCGAAGAUAUGCUUAACAAUUUCAGCAAACUGGGUAUCAAUGCGAGUGCUAAACCUACCAAUAGAGAAACGGAUGAGUUCGAUAUGUUGGCACAAUCUCGUACCAACGGCAGCAAUAAAACUGAUUUAUUAAAAGACAUUCCAUCUCUGGAUGCCGCUGCGGGCAGCUUAGGAUCACCUUUUAAACGUACCGGCACAGAUAUGCCGGUGGUAAGUAAACCUGCUAAAGAAAACGAAAUUGAUGAGAUGGAGGCAUGGUUAGGAAGCUCUAAAGAAUUGGAGGGCUUGGAGGAGACCGUUACCAGUUCCGAAUUCGACAAAUUCCUAGAGGAACGAGCUGCGGCCGCUGAGAAUCUUCCAACUAUAAAUGCAUCAAAUGCUAUGGAAAAUCAUCAACAGCCGCCAACUACACAGCCGAUAGCUCAGGCCGCUGAUAAGAAUAAAAAUAAAAAAACUGAGGAAAAUCUUUUACUACUUUGAGCCGAUUUAACAUUAUUCUCAGCUCAUAACAACUACCACACAAGAUAAAUGCUUUAUUCAUUUGAUUAACACUAAAAGUCGAAAAUUGUUCAACUUUUUUGUGUUUUGAAUUUCAAAACAUUUUGCAAUUACUUUCAAAAGUGUUGACAUCUAUUCUAUAAGUCACGCAAACGAAACUCAUUCUAAAAUGUGAGAUCAUGUUCCCAAAGAUUGGUGAUAACGAAUCUUUUAUUAGAUAGAUAUGAAAACCCAGACACGUCAAUGUUAUUGUCGCUAAGAAUUCAGAACUAAAUUUGAUAAGCUAUUUGGAAAAUAUUCAUUGACCCCAUCUUCUACUUAUUCGUGCGAAUUUAAGUUUGGUCUUAAUAUUGAAAUUAAUCGUUAUUCACAUAUGGUUGAAUAAGCAUACGUAAUUUUUCGAUAUAUAAAGUCCUAUUAUUUUUGCGUCGUAGAAACUAGCAACAGGGGGUAUAUAGCAAUUCUUCGAACUUUGGAUACAUACGUACAUACAUACAUAUAUGUGAAUAGACGUCAGUACGAUUGAAAACAAAGUGCCUGAAAUUAAAACACAAAAGAGAGGUUACAUCAACUAAUUAUUAUAUUAUGAUCUAUGACCUUUUCACUUCCCCUUACACGCUCAUAUACAUAAUUACUAAUAUAUAUGAUGGAAAUGAUAUAAAGCUAAACACAUACAUUAUAAUGAUAAUCGAAAAAAGUAUUGCUAUGGUAUUUAUCGUAUAUUUUGGAAAAAACAAAAGGAAUAAAAUCUUGGAUUUUGCAAAAAAAAACUUUUUUGUCUUACGCUUAAAAAAACUGCUGCAAAUUUAUUUUAAAAAAAAAAUGAAUUUAUGUCUCAAUUUCUUUAGUUUCUCACCUCACUUUUCCCAUCUCUUUUUUCCCCUCACCCAAGAAGAGUAAUCCUUAAUUCCUUUCUAUUAUUAUUACAUGUAGAUUAUUAAGUGCACGAAACUUACUUUGUUUUUAAAUGUAUUUUACAACAUGAAACGAAAAACGGCUAUUACGAUUAUUUAAUAUAAACUAUUUAUUGAAACGAAGAACAACGUAAUAAUGUUUCAAUUAAUUCUCUAUUACAGGGGCCGACGUAUACGUAUAGGCGCCGAUUAACAGAUUGAGAAAUAAAGAAGAAAUUCUUGAAUUCUUGAAAGAAAACACUACCAGUUCUCUCUAUUGUUCAAGAGAUAUGUCGUUGCCCUCCCAAUCAAAAAGGUUUCCCCUCCCUUCUUUCAGGGAUCGAAUUUUGUGAGAAAGUAUAUCAAUAGUCGAUCGAAACGUAUGAUAGCUUAAGAAUCCCGACCGUCAUCAUACAGGGAUUCUAAGUAAUAAGUAAAAGACGGUUGACGAUUAAUUGAUUAAUCGAUUAACCUAGUGACAGGUGGUCAGUAAUAAUAAUUUUUUUUUUUAUUAAAUAUAAAGAUGAACAGUUUUUUCCCAUGCCAUGAAGAAAAAAUUUUUUUUUGGCUUUACGGAUUUAGGUUACCUAAGUUAGGUUAGGUUACAUUACCUAAUUUGGUUCAGUGCCUAUCUGCAGAAUUUACAAAUUGUUUUCAUCGCUUGUCAACAAACAAGUUACAAAUUGCUAUCUGAGCAAAGUCUAUUUCUUUAGCAUGACAGGGGUGCGUACAGCAAUCCUUUUUCCGUCAAUUUGAAACCUCCCAUAUAUAUGCAAGUGUUUUGAAAAGUUUUCCAAUAUAUGAACGUUGAUAACGGCAUCGAAUCUUCUUCGGAAAUUUAAUAUGAAUAUACUAUACUAUACUAUAGUAAGCGACGGACCUGAUAAUGUGCAAAAUCCAAUAAAUGGUAAAAAUUGUGCUUUCACUUUGUGUUACUAAGAGACAUAUGUGCUCUUAUUAAACAUAUAUGAACUCUUCAUUAGAAUUAGAAUAUAAUUCCAAAGAUUGUCCAAACAAGUGCAUGGGAACUAUAUUUUGAAUAUAACUAAGAAAAAUUAAACUUGAAAAUUUUCAAAAUACGCAAUUCUUUUGUCAGACAGAACAGAUUAUUCGAAUCAACAAGAUUGCUCUUUUUUUUUUUUUUAAUUAAGGAAAUCAGUUUUGAGAGCAUCGGGAUAGUUGUACACAUCACUUGUUGGUAGAGUGCGCAUGAUUAUAAAAUAGUAAUAAUAAUAAUGUUGGUAAUGGGUAUCAAAUAAUUUGGCUAGAGCCGAAUGUUAUGUUUUUCAUAUUUUAAUUUUAAGAAGUUUUAUUGCUUUGUUGUUAUUAUUAU